ACCCCAUCACUUGGAUCAUCAGCACCACGGCCAGCGAUUCCCCAUCAGACCGCAGAUCACCAUAUGGACCGGGACGUGGAGAGCCCAGUGAGCGGGCUUCAGGCCAGGAAACUGCCCAAGCAAGUGAAGGAGGUCCCCUCUAGGCAGAUGCCUGACCCAGGAGCUGGAGCCAGUGCCAAGAAGAGCAAGAAGCGUAUCCAGAGGUACGUGAGGAAAGACGGCAAGUGUAACGUGCACCAUGGCAACGUGCGAGAGCGGUACCGCUACCUGACGGACAUCUUCACCACCCUGGUGGACCUAAAGUGGAGGUUCAACCUUGUCAUCUUCGUGAUGGUCUACACCUCCACCUGGCUCUUCUUCGGUAUGCUCUGGUGGCUUAUCUGCUACAUGAGGGGGGACAUGGACCACUUAGAAGACAGCGACUGGGUUCCAUGCGUGAGGAACCUCAACGGUUUUGUGUCCGCCUUCUUGUUUUCCAUCGAGACCGAAACCACCAUCGGCUAUGGACACAGGGUCAUCACUGAGAGGUGCCCUGAGGGUAUCCUCCUGCUCCUGGUCCAAUCCGUCAUAGGCUCCAUGGUCAACGCCUUCAUGGUGGGUUGCAUGUUCGUGAAGAUCUCCCAACCCAAGAAGCGUGCCGAGACCCUGGUCUUCUCCAGCCACGCCGUCAUCUCCCUGCGGGACGGCAAGAUGUGCGUCAUGUUCCGGGUGGGGGACCUGAGGAACUCCCACAUCGUGGAGGCGUCCAUCCGAGCCAAGCUCAUCAAGUCGCGGCAGACCAAGGAGGGUGAAUUCAUCCCACUCCACCAGACCGACCUGAACGUGGGCUACGACACUGGGGAUGACCGGCUGUUCCUGGUCUCCCCGCUCAUCAUCAGCCACGAGAUCGACCAGCACAGCCCCUUCUGGUCCAUUUCCAAAGCCGAGCUGGCUAAGGAGGACCUGGAGAUCGUGGUGAUCCUGGAGGGGAUGGUGGAAGCCACAGGAAUGACCUGCCAGGCUCGAAGCUCGUAUGUGACCAGUGAGCUCCUGUGGGGCUAUCGCUUUAUGCCGGUCUUGACCUUGGAGGAGGGAUUUUACGAGGUCGACUACAACAGCUUCCACGCCACCUACGAGACCUUCACUCCCUCGUGCAGCGCCAAGGACCUGAUGGAGAAGCUGUGCUCCACCUUCUCCCCAGGCCCAUCCGAGCCCCUUCCCCUGGAACUCGAGGAGGGCGGGAUCGGGAGCGACGAGACCCCGCCCAAACCCGGUGGGGAGCGGGAGAAAGACUCGGAGCGGGAGUCAGAGCCGGAGACAGAUCGUGUCCAGGGGCAGUCGGAGCUGAACGGGGACAUCGCCAACCCGGAGAGCGAGUCUGUGGCGUGA